UUGCAAAAUAAAACUUCCUGUUGUUUGCAAAAUGGCCGUAUUUCCUUUUCGUUGGUCGAUAAGGGACAGACAAGAUGACUUCCUAUUCGCCACUGCUAGUGUGGGGCAUGAUCCGCAACAACAACGCGUUUUUGAUCAAAAAACGUAACAUUAAAAAACCCUUCAGUGCUGAGCCUUUCAAUCUUACGAAUUUAAGCUCGUAUAAGUACAGCGGCCUAGUGCAUAAGAAAGCCGUCGGCAUUGUCGAUGCACCCGAUAAGAAAGGAUUCACGGUAGUUUAUAAGAAGCAGAAGAAACAGUUUUGUCCUGCUAAGAAUGUUGUGAAAACCACCAUGAAGUCAGGACCGAGGCGAUCACUGCACAAUCUUAAGCGAUUAAUGAACUGCAAUAAGUACCGAAUGGAACUGACCAAGUCUGCUCUUAGGAGAGCAAGUGCUGUACUCCGUUCUCAGAAACCUCCACGUGGCAAGAAGCAACGCCCAAAGAAAGAAGCGUAAAUGUGUAAAUUCUCGCUAAUAAAAUAUAUAAUUUAAU